GGUGAUGGCAGCGCAUCCGGGGCUGCAAUCCACACUGCGUCUGGGGCGAGGCUACGACAAUGACGGCUUUCCUUCAGUCUCCUGGACGAAAUCAGAAGGAUGGACGAGUGUGUGCUGGAAUCGGCGUUCCACCACAUUGGGGUGUGAGAUAGCGAGUGCGGUUGAUCCAAAACACCAAGUGUGGGAAAUUGAUGGUGCAAAUGAGGGAAAGCACUUUGAAACGCCUUCAAAAUGUCAUACCUUAUCAGCACUUCCGCUCAUGACUGUCUUCGGUGUGGUGAAAUCACGACGUCGAAAGACUAAAACGAAUGAAACAGGUUCAUCCAAUAUUUGAGAGCAAGUAUUGGCACGUUGAAAGAGCAACCAACAGUUUUAAUGAAGUUUCUCUGCAAAAGGGAGGAAAGAGACUGGGAGUUGGUUCAUUUGGAACAGUAUUUCAUGGAGUGCUCCACUCUGAAACCGGCCAGAAAUUUAAAGUUGCGUGAAACGUCUGAAGAAGGUGUUUGUCACACUGACCAGCUAUGUCUACAGGACAACACUCUUCCUCUUGACUGGCGUGUUCGUUUAACAAUUGGUCAAGAUAUUGCAUCUGCCUUGGAGUUUCUUCACACAGCUUAUCGUCUACCAGUUGUCCACCGUGAUGUGAAGUCAUCCAAUAUGCUGUUGGGGUCGCACUUUGAAGCCAAGUUAAGUGACUUUGGCCUGGCAGUAAUCUGGGACUCUGAUGGUGAUCAGCAGCCUGAAGACACAGAGGAGCCAUCUUACGGAACUCGGGCUUACAUGGCACCAGAAUCAUUGCAAGGGUUAAUAUCAACCAAAGGGGAUGUCUAUAGUCUUGGAAUGCUUCAGAGAUUCUUCAGUUGGUAUUGGUUAUGGAAGGUUUCUGAGAGCGUGUCAUUUAUUUGUAUUUCUCUAAUGCAGAAAGCAAACCUGGAGGACAUGGAAUGUCAGAAAGUCCACAUUGUGAAAAUGCUAGAUCCCAGAGCUCGAUGGCCAAUUAGCAGACGAGGACAGGGCAAAGACAGUUCAUAUGGUCUUGAUUUAUUAAAGAUUGGGAAGAUGGCCGCAAUAGGGGAUCACACAAAUAGACCUGACAUUGUUGAGGUUUUACUUCAGCUGACAGCACUUAUUAGCAAUAUUGAACAGAGUUAGGAAUGAACAAUGCUGAUGCGGGUAGGUACAGUUAGACUAUUGUAUACUGCUUCCUAUAGUGAUUGAAAAGUUUUAAACUAUUGACAUGCAGAGUGCAAUGUUUAAUUAAGAAAGUAAAUACAGUAUAUUGACAAAAUGAAAAUUGCUCUUGUCUAGCUAUUUGUCUCUUAUGUCAGUACGUACUACACUGUACUAUA